GUACCAUCGGACUCAACCAUCACAACUCCCUCUCCACUCACUACCCACCCGCCACCACAAUGGCCAUCGACAAGUCCUCCACCUGCUGCGGCAAGUCCGCCUCCUGCGUCUGCGCCCAGCAAGCCAAGUGCUCCUGCGGCAAGCAGUCGGCCCUGCACUGCACGUGCGACAAGUCGGCCUCGGAGAACGCCAUCUCAGGCGCCCGCUGCUCGUGCCGCGCCCGCCCCGCCGGCGGCUGCAACUGCGACCGCGCCAGCACCGAGAACGCCAACCCCGCCGGCGAGACGUGCAGCUGCGGCCGCCGCUCCGCCGACGCGUGCACCUGCGAGAAGGCCGCCGACGGCGCGUGGGACCCUUCGGAGCACGAGACUGACUUUACCACGAAGCGGUAGAUGCUUUUUCGUCUCGGCUGGCAGGAUGGACUGUGGCUUGUGAUUCAUGGAGUUUGGGUGCGGUGGACGAAGGCCUGGGUUAGGGUUGCUCGGGCUUCCAUUGGCGUUUUGGGUUUUGGGUUUUGGGUUUCUUGGCGGGUCAUUGGAGCGGCCGGGAGAGCUGCGAUAGAUACCACUGGACCGAAAAUGAUACUUGUUCGACC